AUGCUAAAGCUACACCCGCACUCUGCAGAGAUGUCGCACCGGGGGCACAUGUUCCGGGCUCUGGUGAACGAGCGGCUGGCGGCGGCUGCGGAGGAGAUCUUCGCCCUGUUCGAGCGGACCAUAGCGGAGUACGAGGAGGAGAUGUGUCGCUCCAAAGAGAAGCAGCGGAGGCAGCGGAGCCAGCAGGAGUCUGUGCCCGAGACAGGACAGCGCGACCCCCACACAGGACACACCGACCCCCGCACACAUCCAGAAAAGAAGGUGAAGUCUCCGGACCCUGACGAUGACGAGGAUGAAGCCCGGGACCUGGUGUUGCACACUGUGGUCAAAGAGGAGUUCACCAUCAAAGAGGAGGACUUCAUCAAACAGGAGGAAGAGGAGGAGCAGCUCUUCUACUCAGAGAGGACCGAGGACCAGACCAGGACCGAGGACCAGCCCUGGAGGACCGCGGACCACACCGGGAGCCCGAGUGGGAGGCCCUCGGAGCAGACCUGGAGGAGCGCGGACGACAUCGGGAGGACGUCCAACGACACGGACGAGGAGUGGGAGGAGCCAGGCAGCAGCAGCUCGCUCACACGCUCCGAGGCCGAGGCCGAUGUGGACUACUUCAGUCAGGUCUACAUGCAGGUGGGUGGUCCAGGGGCCGAGGGUCUAUCAGUGAGCUCCUAUUUCUUCCAGUGGAUUUUCACCAGAUCCACUUGGUUCGGACCAUGA